AUGGCGCAAGACAUUUUCGACUUUCUCAGGAAAAAUCAAUUCACUACUGUUGAAGCAGCAUUACGAACUGACCUCAAUAAUCAUAAUACUGACAAAUUUCCUAGGCUUCCUUUGCCUCUUGUUUAUUCCCAGCCAGAUCUUCCUAUUCAACUACAAACUCACUCUUCAGGUAUGAACAGGGCUGCAGCAGCCACUUGGUUAUCAGAGGAUACGUCCCAUCUUAUAUCAGGUUUUGCAACAGUUGCUGUUGGGUUGAAUCAAUUUCUUGACCAUCCUAACGAGUAUUGGGACUCUGAUGAAUAUAACGACGACGAUGAUGUUGGCUACAUGAGACAGCCUAUUGAGGACGAGACCUGGUUUUUGGCACAUGAAAUUGAUUACCCUAGUGACACAGAAAAGGGGACUGGUCAUGGAAGUCUUCUGGAUCCCCGGGAAAGAUGUCCAGCAAAAGACGAGGACGAUGAUCAAUCUUUUGUUGAGGAGCAAUAUCUUCAGACCAGUAAUGUUGAACCAGUCGCAGCUUCUGAUGAUCCUAUUGGUCUAAGAAUUACUGAAAUGUAUGGAAGAACUAAUGGUAAUUAUUUAAUGGCUCAAUAUGAUGGACAACUGAUGGAUGAAGAAGAAUUAAGCCUGAUGUGUGCAGAACCUAUCUGGAAAGGCUUUGUCCCUCAAACAAAUGAGCUCAUCAUGCUGAAUGAUAGCUUAAGAUCACAAUUAGAGGAUAUUUAUAUAGAUGAUGGUCAACAUGGUUCAGUUAGGUCAAUUGGGGUGGGGGUCAACAGUGAUGCAGUAGAUGUUGGCAGGGAAGUGCGUGAAAGUUUGGUUGGUGGUAGUAGUGAAGGGGGUUUAGAAUAUUUUCAUGAUCACGAUGUUGGGAUUGGUGGUUCUAGACACUCUAAUCACGAUUUGGAUAUAAAAAAGAAAAAGGGAAAUGACAAGAGCGUGUCUAAUAAAUAUGUCAUAGGUGGUGAUAAAGAUGCCCAGUUGCAGGUGAAAACACAUAAUGAACGGAAAUUCGCAUUUCCCCCAUCUUUCAAGGAUGACCAGAUGAUUUGGCCUACCUCCGACAAGUCCCUGGGGUCAAAUAACUGCAUUGCAGAUGAAACUGACAAUUAUCUUAAUGCAUUUUUGGAAUCUGAUGACACUCUUCCUUUUUGGAGGCAGAAGAGCAGUGUUUCUUUACCCGUUAAAAGUUCCAGGGGUGAAAAUAAUGCCAAUGCGAUAAGACCAACAAACUCUUCUCCAACAUCAGUCUCAAAUUAUGGAUAUUCUGAAAGAGAUCGUGUCAAGCUAGAAGAGGAUGUAAAGGUUGGAGUUGCAAGGGAAGAUGGUCUAGGGACUCUAGAGGAUGAAGAGGCAGCUGCUGUGCAGGAGCAAGUAAAGCAAAUAAAUGCCCAGGAGGAGGAAUUUGAAACCUUCGAUUUGAAGAUUGUACACAGGAAAAACAGAACUGGCUUUGAGGAGGACAAGAAUUUCCAUGUUGCUUUAAAUUCUAUAAUAGCUGGAAGGUAUCAUGUCACAGAGCAUCUGGGAUCUGCUGCUUUUAGCAAAGCUAUACAGGCUCAUGACCUGUAUACUGGCAUGGAUGUUUGUGUUAAAAUUAUAAAGAAUAACAAGGACUUUUUUGAUCAAAGUCUUGAUGAGAUCAAGCUUCUCAAGUAUGUCAAUAAGCACGAUCCAGCAGACAAGUAUCACCUUCUUCGGUUAUAUGAUUAUUUCUAUUAUCGAGAACAUUUGUUAAUAGUAUGUGAACUACUUAAAGCAAACUUGUAUGAGUUUCAUAAAUUUAAUAGAGAAUCAGGGGGUGAAGUUUACUUUACAAUGCCGAGAUUGCAGUCAAUUACCAUUCAGUGUUUGGAAGCACUUCAAUUUUUGCAUAGCCUUGGAUUGAUACAUUGUGACUUGAAGCCAGAGAAUAUAUUGGUUAAAAGUUAUAGCAGAUGUGAGAUCAAGGUCAUUGAUCUUGGAAGUAGUUGUUUUGAGACAGAUCACCUUUCCUCAUAUGUUCAGUCAAGGUCCUAUCGUGCUCCUGAAGUUAUUUUGGGACUUCCGUAUGACAAGAAGAUUGAUAUCUGGUCACUUGGCUGCAUCUUGGCAGAGCUUUGUACUGGCAAUGUUCUCUUCCAAAACGAUUCACCGGCCACAUUACUUGCUCGUGUGAUCGGGAUAAUUGAUCCAAUUGAUCAAAGUAUGCUUGCAAAAGGAUGUGAUACAUACAAGUACUUCACCAAAAAUCAUAUGCUUUAUGAACGGAACCAGGAAAGCAAUAGGUUAGAAUACUUGAUUCCGAAAAAGACAUCGUUGAGGCAUAGAUUACCUAUGGGAGACGAAGGGUUCAUUGAGUUUGUUGGUCAUUUGCUUGAGAUCAACCCAAAGAAGAGGCCGUCUGCAUCGGAGGCUCUGAAGCACCCUUGGUUGUGUUACCCUUACGAACCUAUAUCAUCUUGA